AUGACAUAUUCAGGGUCAUUCCAAUUGGCUUUCUGGCCGACUGAUGUCGAUCAUACCUAUGAGAUUAAAACAUAUCACUAUUUUCCACCUCAUGAAAGAGCCAACCUUCCUAAAGAUCUUCAAGUCAAAUUCUCGCAGUCCUAUGGCCCAGAGGAUCUUCCACUGCCAAGUAUCACUUUCCUCAACUGUCACUAUGGACUAGCGGAGAUACUUCACGCGUCAGGCAUGGCUGAGGUCAUCGAAAAGCAUCUCCGUGACUGGGAGGAUAUCGAAGCCAACGCGCCCGAAACAUUAAGCAUGGAUGGUAGAGCUGACAUUGCUCACAUGCUGGAAGUUAGGCUCUGGGCCCAUGUCAGGGGUUAG